UUUAAGGGAUUGAUUUUUGAGCCUGGCAUCGUGCAAGUAUACAAGUGUUAUUCUUAAUGAACAACUUUUUUAUGGAUUUACUUUCUGAACAGGGAGAAUAGUGUUAAAUGAUCUUUUAUGGAAGAUUAUUGAAUGAAUGACUGAUAGUUUUGAAUUUGCAUUUUGCCUGUGUUGAGAAGUUAUUCAGUGGAAUUGUGGUUUAAAACACUUGUUCGCAUAGCUGUGUGUACUUUAUAAAUAUAGCAGGGUGCAUAAUUGGUGUCUGCAGAAUUUUAUGACUGGUUCACCAAAUGUUUCAACAUGACUCUAGAUGAAAGACUGGUUUAAGACAUUCCAUAUGCACUCCAUGCACUUAUGGUGGCUAUAGACAGCUGGGAGUAAUUCCAGGUCAACAUGUGAGAGGGUAGCAAGAGUCCAACUGUGAUCUUGAUAGUUGCAACCAAGCCAUCAUCUAGAUCUCAAAAUGUCCUGGUUCACAGUGUAUACUACACUGCUGGUGGCCGUAGUCUGUGUUGCAGUAGACGUGCCUCCACGAGUGACUCGACCCCCAACGAUUAUGCCAGAAAGUCGAAUGGAAGAUGUUGUGUACUUUGACCCCGAAGGUACGGCGGGUAGAGAACUGACUUGUCGGGCGCAGGGAAACAAGCCCAUAUUGUUUGAGUGGACCAAAAACGGCAAACUGUUUGACAUAAGUGACCCCAAAUAUGCUGCAAAUGACUCUCGCAUUCCACGUAUUGAACGUACGGACACAAGUCCAGGAACGUUAAAAUUCCUUCAAAUGAUGGAGAUGGAUGAAGGAUCAUACCAGUGUAUCGCCAAGAAUGCUCACGGGCUCUCGUUCUCUAGGAAAAUCCAACUGAUAAAAGCCACAAAGAGAACAUUUGACAAUCCUGGUAUGGAGACAAAAUAUUCCAGAAAGCCAGCGGAGGCUCUGACGUUGGUGUGUAACCCCCCGGAGAACAAUCCUCCGGGAAAAGUGAACUGGAUUAAAUAUGAGAACGGCGGGGAUUCCAAAAAAAGUGUUGAGUUGAGUGAAAGGAUUGCCAUGGAUACAACAGGCAACCUGUAUUUUGCUAACAUCGAGGUCGGUGAUGAGAAUGAUGGAGACAGGUACGCCUGCGAGGUUUCCAUCACCAAGUUUGGCAUGACCUUGACUGGGGCGUAUUCAAUUAUCAAGGUUGAAGAAGAACGUGUUGCAGGCAUCCCGUCUGCUCAGUACCCACCAGCGUUGAUGUACCAAUCAGAAUCGUCCGUUGUCGGUCUGAAAGGAGAGCGUGUCAUGUUUAUUUGCAUAUUUUCUGGCAGGCCAACACCCUCAGUGACUUGGUGGAAGGGAAAGGAGAAAAUAGAAUCCUCGCAGAAAUUCAGGAUUUCAUACCCGUGGAGACUGAGUAUUUCUGACCUCCAGCAGGCUGAUGCUGGAGAGUACGUCUGCAAGGGAACUAACUCUCUGUCCUCAGGGAGCAUUGACAGGACGUUCAGGCUGGACAUGGAAGCCAAGCCAGAGUGGGUUGCUAAGCCAGUGCAGGUAGACGCAGGUGUAGAUGAGAGCGCUGCCUUUGAGUGCAGUGCCGAGGGUAAACCCACCCCCACCCUGCAAUGGUUCAUCGAUGGAAAACCCAUUGCAAAUGUGAAGGAUGACAAGAUGGUGGUCAGUCCUGGUCAGCUGCAGUUCCAUGACCUUACCCCUGACGACGCCAAGGUCGUCCAGUGCAAUGUCUCCAACGAGCACGGAUAUCUGUGGGCGGACGUCGCCUUGAGUGUGCUGGCUUAUAAGCCAGAGAGUAAGGCCAGCUUUGACGUUAUCAAAAUAUCAGAAGGCCAGACUGUGACUCUGCCCUGCGAGAUAGACGGCAAACCUACACCUAACAUCUACUGGAAGCGCGGCGGACUUGUGAUGUCAUCCGACAAAUACCCCCGACAGCCCACUGGCAACCUUACCAUUUUGAAUGCCACACAAAAUGAUGCUGGGAUAUGGACGUGUUUUGCGGACAACAAGUACGGAAAGUUCAACUCAUCCGGAGAGCUUAUUGUUAGAGAGAAAACAGUGAUAACACUGUCACCACAACCCUUGUCGCAGCAGAUGACAUUUGGAAAGCCAUUAGUGUACACGUGCGGGGCAAAAACGGAUCCAAAUGAGAUAAAAAACCUAAGAAUAUCAUGGCUGAAAGAUGGGAACCCCAUCAAGUUCAACUCGCGGUUGAAAAUGUUUGAGAACUAUGGACUGAGGAUAGAGAGUACAACAGCGGAGGACACAGGAAACUAUACAUGUUUGGCCACCAAUGGGCUGGACUCUGAUCAGAAAAGUGCCUCUGUAGAAAUAAGAGCGCCCCCAGAUCCUCCGAGGAAUGUCAAGGUCGAAGAAUGCCUGCCCAGAAAGGCCAGAAUAUCAUGGACACCUGGCAAAGAUAAUCUGCGACCAAUCACAAAGUUCUACGUAGAGUACAACCACUCAUAUGCGCCCAAUCAAUGGACACAGGCUGUUACAGUUCAAGAUAAUAAAAAAGAAGCAGAAGUACUACUGUCGCCCUACACUAACUAUACAUUCAGAGUGAUAGCAGAGAACCAGCUGGGGAAAAGUCUACCAAGUGAGAGGAGCAUGACAGGAUGUGAGACCAAACCAGACACGCCUGAUCACCACCCCUUCAACGUGCGUACAGACCGCAGUGAGCCGGGCUGGCUUAUCAUCAAUUGGGAUAGGAUGACAGAGAUUGAGCACAAUGGAGACAAGUUCAAGUAUGUUUUGACCGUGAAGCACAACGGAGUCAAAAACGUGACCGAGAUUCUGGACUGGAAGCAAAAUCAGCUCCGUGUCUACUCAGGAAAGUUUUAUGAGCCGUACGAGAUUUACGUUGAGGCAGAAAACAGCAAAGGGAAGUUCAGUGAACCUGCUGUAAUACAUCUUGGGUACUCAGGAGAGGCAGAACCUCUGACAGCCCCAGGCAACUUUGAGCUGGUGGAAGGCAUCAAUGUCACGGCAACUGAGGCUACCUUCCAGUGGGACCCUGUUGACACCUCACCCCAGGCCAUGAGGGGAGAGUUCAAGGGAUACAAGAUUCGCUUCUGGAAAGCUGACCAAAAGAACACAACCUUGAAGGAAGUCAUGUUUGCUAGACAAGCCCCUGUUGAUCCUAGAACUCGAAGGGCGACCCCUAACGUCAAAGAAAGGGCCACUGUGAAAGACUUGCCCCCCUUUUCGGAUAUCGAAGCUGACGUGGUGGCCUGCAAUUCGUUCUAUGAUUCGAAUUCAAGCAACAUCGAGAAAUUUGUCACUCUGGAAGGAGUUCCGUCCAAGCCCCAUUCUGCAGGGAUCCUGUUAAGAGGUUCUCACCACUUCCUUAUCAACUGGGAGGAACCCAAGGAACCUAAUGGGAUAAUCACAGGCUACCAGAUCGGCUAUCAGACAGUGGAUGGUUUCAACAUUGGAGACAUGGUCAUAGCAGAGGUAUUCAAUAAUCCAGAUUUAGACAGAGCGAUCAUCAAUAACCUAACGGACAACACAAUGUACACAAUCCAUAUCAUGGCAAUGACGAGCAAAGGGGUCGGAGACGCGUAUUACCUACAGGCGAAAACAGCGGGAGAAGGACAAGGCUCCCUUAUAUCAGCUUUGAUCAAGCCGACAAUCGAAUUCACGCUGAUUGGGGAGGAUUUCGUGAAUGUGUCUUGGAGUGUGCCUGCCAACACUGACCAACCGGCCGGCCUGUACCACUAUGUGCAAUACAAGAAGGAAGGUGAUUUGGAGUGGAAGAAAUCCAGCAAGGACGACGUCAACUCAUGGAUGAAUAUCUCGAGUCUGGAACCCAACACACGUUACCAGAUGAUCGUUGUCGCGUCCAAUGAUAAAGUAGACCAAUUCAGCGAGAUGAAACAUGUUACAACACAGGGGGGACCUGGACCAAUCAAAACAGACGUUAGUAUCGCGCAGGCAUCUUGGUUCAUUGCGAUGAUGGUGGCGAUUGCCGUACUUAUCCUGUUCUUCAUCAUCGUUUGUUUCAUCAAGAGGCGAAGAGGAGAAAAAUAUAAUGUUCAAGAGAGGGAGAAACUACGAGGGGCUGACCUAGAAAACGGAGACCGGGACUUGAUGAACGAGUACCAAAAAAUCGGGGAGUUGGAUCCCUUGGCAGCGGGCAGUCCGGAUUCUUUCGAUAACGACCCUGACAAGUUGCCAGGAGGCAGUGAGACAGACAGCAUGGCAGAGUACGGGGACGUGGAUCCCAGCAAGUUUAAUGAAGAUGGCUCAUUUAUAGGUCAAUAUGGGAACCAGAUUAAAGAUGAAAAAGGGAACCAUCAAUCAGGAACCACAACCUUUGUCUGAUAAACCACACCAGAAAGGUUGUCUCCUGUGGAACCAAGUUCAACCGAGGAAAUAAAGGUCAACUAAAACAAUGUGGUCAGUUGUAUCAUGUUUGCAGAUCUUAGUCAAAUAAAGAUUCUGAACAUUACUGGACGUGAUCUACGGUGGAAAUAAAGGUUCACAGAUCAUAAAGGUCCAUUGUUGUUAUGGCAACCAACAGCAUCUGUUGCUAGGCAAUGUUUGUCACAAAUUUUGGGAUCGAAGAAACAACAAAGGAUCUGAAGUAAGCAUUUAUAAACUGAUAGUUUGUCUUGGCUUUGAGUUGUGGAUUGAGUGGAAAAAUAGUAAAGACUUGAUGUUUUAUUUUAUUGAGCUAAUUUUUCUGCUGUAAUAGAUAUAUUCGCAAUGUUACUGUUUAAUUACAAACAAUAAAUUAUUAUAUAUUAUAAUUUUAUAUUGAUAAAUUGACCUGAUGUUUAAUAUGGGCAUGCUGUUUUGAUUAAAUGGUGUGACAAAGAUUCUUAGAUUUAAUUUGAUGUGAAGGUAGAGCUAUCUUAAUGUAAAAAGUUGAAUCGCCGUGUCAUAUGUCGUAUACAUUUUUCUAUAUUUUAUCCAACAAUUGUAAUAUGUUCAAUUUUCAUUUGCAAUAUUGUAAUAUUCAUGGUACUUGUUAGUUGUUGUCAAAUUAUCCAGUAUUUAAAAAAGCAAUGUUCUAAGUCUGAUGAUAAAAUUGGCGAACAUGUUUGCACAUACAAUUAAAUAUUUCUAUGUAAUUUGUUAGUCAUAUUGUAACAAAUUACUUGCAACAGUUCUUUUCUCUUAACCAGGUGUAUGAAAAUGUUAAUUUGUUUUCUGUCAGAAUUAUCAUGUAUUGAAAAAUUUCUAAAAAUGCUGUUUGAAGGACAAGAAAUGUUACCAACCACACCCUUAAGUGAAUAUUUCAUGUUAUGGUUCUAUAUUACUUUGGAAUGAUACGUUUGGUGCAUUAAAAAUAGAAAAUGCUCUAAUGGUUUUUAAAAUACUUUUUUUACUUUAUUCAUUGAGAAAGCUACAGUGUACAACAAAAUGAAUAUUACAUGUUGUGCUGUCCUUUCGAUGCCUGUAUUUUAUAUUUUUCAUGAAUUCCAAUAAAUUCCAGUCAUUCAUUGCUCAUUCAUAUUUUAUUCAUGACAUGAUGGUUUCAAGAAUGAAGAAAGCUUUUAGCUUGUUUUAAAUUUAAAGUAAUUUAGAGUAAUUUAACAAUUUGCAAGCUUAUUAUUCCUGUCUAUGUAAAUACAUGUUCAAAGCUAGUAAUUCUGUCAGAGGUAAUAUCAUUGUGCAGUUAUAUGAAUUAAUGAGGUAAACUUUUGAUAGUUUUUAUGAAUUCUUGCACAAAACUGUGUAUAUAAAUGUAUUCUUGUUUUAUACAGUUAAUCACAAAGUCCUGUGUAAAUGUACUUCCUCUUUUUUUGCCAACAACAUCAAAAGUAAGAACAAAUGCUGCGAUGAAUUAUCAAGAUGACAUUUUGUUUUGUGCAUUUGUAUAUUUUAAUGGUAAAGUUUACGUUCUGAGAUCUUAAAGGUUAACUUUUAAAAAUAUUUACUUUAUUUUUAGAAGAAUUUCUCCAAUAGCUUAAUAAUGCAAUUUAAAUGCUUACAAAUGCAAAUUUUGCAUCCAUAGUCUUUUUAUGCCCCCGAAGGAGGGCAUAUAGUGAUCGGAAUGUCCGUCUGUCCGUUCGUCUGUCCGUCACACUUUUCGAAAAAUGCUCAUAACUUCUAUGUCGCUUCAGAUAGCAAUUUCAUAUUUGGCAUGCAUGUGUAUAUGGACAAGGCCUUUCCAUACGCACACAAAUGUUGACCCCUGUGACCUUGACCUUGAACUUAGGGUCCGCGUUUAGGUUUUGAAAUCUGUGUUUAGGUUUCGAAAAAAGCUCAUAACUUCUAUCAAUCGUUUAUAGGGGGCAUAAGUCAUCCUAUGGUGACAGCUCUUGUUUUAGGUUACAUUACACCAAAUUUGCUAUCUACCCUCAAAUGCCCCAUCAUUUAAACCACGUAUAGCUAUCAUCAAAUGCCUCAAUACUGUGCAAUAUUUAUGCAUAUUUUUCAUUCAUCUUUAUGAAGUAUGUGUUUUUACAUUUAAGAGCUGAAAUUUUAGGAUCUUUUUCACCAUUUCAUGCAUUUAAGCGCAGCUUAUAUUUCACAAAAUAGUCGCAGCUGUUCACCAAAUAGUCCUAGCAUCAUGUAUUCACCAAAUAGUCCUAGCAUCAUGUAUUCACCAAAUAGUCCUAGCAUCAUGUAUUCACCAAAUAGUCCUAGCAUCAUGUAUUCACCAAAUAGUCCUAGCAUCAUGUAUUCACCAAAUAGUCACAGCCUUUUUUGCAAACAUAAUAUUUUGUCAGAGUUUGCAUUAUUCCUGUUUUUGUUUGUUUGCAGCAUUAAAUUUACAUUUGUCUUCGAAGUGGUGGUGCCUGUAUUUACAAAGUACCUUAGGCAAAUCUUGACUGGAGUUGUACUUGAAGACAAAAUUAUUUCAUUAAAUCAUAUAAAAGACUUAUAUUAUAUGCUUGCAAAAGAAUAAAUAUUUAUUAUUUUAGCAUGAUUUUUAUUUGUUUAAAACAGUUGUAAAAUUUAUUUAGAUCUCAAUACAAUGUGGCAGAAAGUUUUAUUCCUUAUCAGCCAAAUCUCAUGCCCUUAUAAAAAUGUUUAAACCAAUGCAUUCCCAGUAGUGUUGCCUAUUGAGCAUUGUAUAUAGAGGCUCAGAAAUCUAGAAGUGGUAUGAAUGACAGAGCAGCCAUUUUGUGUGAAUGAUAGAAUAGGUACUCAAAGAACCACAUUAAAUGUGCUUAUAUUUAAAUAUGACUUACGUGCAUACAUGUUUAGCCCCGAGUUGUACUUGUAUUUUCCAGUGAAAGCUGUAACAAGCUAUCAGUCUAAAUUGCCCAUAUGCUGAUAGACCUUAUUACCACAUAUUCCCAAAUAAAUUUUCCUAGGACCUUACAUUUUCGACAGGGGUGGGUGGGGGUGGGUUUUUUAGGGUGGUCAUUUAUUACUUAUUACAAGUCUAAAAAAUUGUUUCCUGUAAUAAAUACUAAUAUAACAAAUAAAGUAUAGUUGACUUGGCAACUAUUUACACAAACAUUUCAGACAAAGAUUUAAGUUAAGCAUGUAUUUGAGUCUUUCAAGUGACUUGUUAAUAGAUUUUUGUAUUUUUGAAAGAUUUCAUCAGUGAAUUUACAAACAAAACUAUAAUAUUUGGGAUAGUAUUGAAUAUUUGUGAUACCAAGGAAAAAUACAUGAAUAACAAAAUGUUGCUGCCCUGGGUUUCAAAUCUGGGGACCUCUGGAUGACAAAGCUUAUGCGCUACCAUAUCAUGCUUUUGAAUUUGGACAGCAUUUUAGUGCAUGUUGGACUAGCAAGUGUUUUUUUAAGUUAUCAAGUUAAAGCGUUCCAAAACACUUGUUAUGUUUCUAAUUUCGAGGAAUAAUUAUCCAUGAAUGAACAUACAUUUUUGUAAAAAUCAUAGGAGUGUUAUUUUUCUAGUUUAAAUAUUUUGAAAUCAUUUUGGAAUCUAUGACAAUUUUGUUUAAUGGUCAUUUUGCCAAACUGUAAAAAAGUCCAUCUUAUAAAAAUUGAUCUUUAACAGGCAUGUCGCCGCAUGUGUAUACUUUUUAAAUAAGAGGUAUAUUAUGGUAUAAGGUCCUUGGUGUUUAUUAGGGAAUAUAUGGUACUGUUAUUUUUGUAUGAGCUGCUUUAAUUAUUGCUUCAUUAAAGCAAACAUUGUACAUUCACUUUAUAGUAUACAACUCAUUAAUAUUGUCUGCAAACUUUGUAUGUACUUUUUAUAUUAACUUAUUUUUGAGUCUUACAUUCCACCUUAUUUUCUUUGCUUUAGAUGUGACUUGUAAUGUAUAUGCUAUGUAUUUUGUAUAUGAAAAUAUUGACUUGUUGUGGAUUUAUGAAGUGAACAUUAUAAAUAAUAUUGGUGUUCCUAUGUUAACCUGUUAGAUAUAAUUUUAGUAUUGUAAAAUUAUUUGCAUAGUAUACAGUUUAUUUAUGUUUUAUCUACUUAUCAAUUUGACAAGUUAAACAAGUGAAGAUCUUUGUAUGUUAAUGUUAACAAUUAUAACAGUUAAAAUAUCUAAAUUUUGAACAACGUCAUCAGUAAAUAGUUAUUAUGUGGGUUUUUUUAAAAUGCUGUGUGUUUGUGAUUGAUGGUUUCAGUAUUAGUACAGACUUUUACUUUAAAAUUUAUUUAAAUACCUUAUGUUUUCAUGAUUUACCAGAGUCCAAUUUGGAACAAAAUAGCAACUCCAUUAAUAUUUAUUUUUAUUAUAUACCUGCUUUAUGUUCCCAAAAAAUACAAGUUGUAUCAAUCUGUAAAAUACAACUGCUCUGAAAUAAUUCCCGUAUAAUGCUACUUGCUAGUUUUCCAAUUAUGUAUUACAAUACUAGCUGGACUACUUUUAAUGACGUCACUUUGAAUGCAGAAAAUUAUAAUAGCAUUCUUGGUUAAUUAUGAACGCCUAAACUCAUUUUUUUAACUUAAAUGAUUCAAAGUUGUAGAUAAUAAAAGGAAUAUUACGCAAGUCAAUUGCUACAAGUGUUUGUAUUAGUCUCGUGGCAUGCGCUAUUUCGUAUCACACUCGAGGCUCAGCCUCUCGUGAGAUACGUCAUCACACAAGCCACUCCACUGAUGCAAACACAUGGAACAAUUGACUAGCGUAAUAUUCCGUAUGUAUUAAAUCAGAUAACGCUGUAAUAUCAAGUAUUAUACAGUGAGUAUUUCAAUUCCAAUAUCCACUUCCCUCAUCAAUGAGAAAACUACAUGAUUACUGUACUACUAUUUAACUCUACCUCGUAUGUUCUAAAAAAUGAUUCAAUUUUAGAAUAUUAUAAUGUCAAUAAAUACUAUGAGAAGCAAUUUACAACACAAUCAUGAAGUAGAAUCCCUAUUAGUAGGAUGUGCCAAGUUUCAGCUUCAAAUGUCAUUUGACUACAUGUAUACAAACUGAUAUAUGCACUCCAAUAAAUCUGCCCUUAGUAAAUUGAUUUCUAUGUAAACCAUGCUAAGUGGAUGUAAAGAACAAUAAAUGUUGGCAUGUGCAAUCUAGCAAAAUGUUUUGACACAGUUCCAAUGAGAAAGACAAUUGAACAUUUUUUUAAAUUAAUUUAUUCUCUUUUUGUCACCACAUCAUAGUUUGGUUAUUGAUAUCGAAACUUUAAAGGCUUAUGAUAGUAUGCAUUGUUUUGUUAAAAAACAAACAUGUUUUUUUCCCUCAGACAGUAAAAAAAUAUUCAAAACCCUAAAAAAGCAAUGUUGAUUGAUUGUUGAACAUAGAGGUAUAAACCUUAUCAGGUACUGUUUAUUUGUUUCUUACUAAUUUUGUGAAUGUGUGUACAUGUAUUGUUUUCCUAGUCAGAUGUGUUCUUUUGAGUUUAAAUCUCAAAUGAAUAUUAAUAGAAACUUUAUAUUUCAUGACUUAAUAAAGUAUUUAUGCUGUCCAAAA